GGACACCAAUACAUCCAAGCUCACACCUCAACAUAUUUUCUGACCAACUAAACUUUCAUGGCUUUCCCUUGUAGCUCUAAGCUUCUGUUUCUACUCUGCCUAGUCCUUUUCCAAUCCUCCUCAUUAGCCAAAACCACAUCACCCCCCAAACAAUUUUUCCUCCCAAUCCACAAAGACGCAUCUACACUUCAAUAUGUCACACAAAUUAAACAAAGAACUCCCCUCGUCCCCAUCCGCCUAGUCCUUGAUCUCGGAGGCCGGGCCUUAUGGACCGUCUGCGAACACGGCUACAUUUCCUCCACCAUCCGCACAGCCGGCUGUAACACCACACAAUGCCGCUUAGCCGAGGCGUCUAGCAACUGCUUAACGUGCUCCUGGGGUCCGUUCGGACCCGGGUGCACCAAUGCGCCAACAUGCUGGAGAUUUCCUCUCAACAGCGUGACUCGCGGCACUGCCCCUAGCGAGCUAGCUUCGGAUAUUGUUGCAAUCAAUGCCGUCGGCCCAGAAGGCCGUGCAGGCAAAAUUGUCACCGUGCCUCAAUUUGUUUUUAUUUGUGCAAGUACCGCAAAUGUGGGCGGUCUUGCUAAGGGAGUGGCUGGUAUGGCCGGUCUAGGAAGGACUCGAAUAUCAUUACCCGCUCAAUUAGCCUCAACACUGAAUCUCAAAAGAAGUUUCGCACUUUGUUUGAGUUCCUCAACGUCAUCGAAAAAUGAUGGCGUUGUUAUAUUCGGUGAAGAACCGUAUGAGUAUGAUCUACAAGGCAACAUCUCGAGCUCACUUAAGUACACACCGCUUAUUUUGAAUAAACAGAACACCGAAGACGAAGUUCUUCGAACCGAAUCCUCAGCCGAAUAUUUCAUUGAAGUGAAGUCAAUUAAAAUCAACAACAAAACUGUUGAACUCAAUUCCACAUUGUUGCAGCUCAACGACAGAGGAUUCGGCGGAACCAAGAUAAGCACCGUGCAUCCAUACACGCUUCUGGAAACUUCCAUCUACAAAGCGGUGAUCAAAGCUUUCGUGAAUGAGCUCAAGAAUGUGACUAGAGUUGCGCCUGUGGCGCCUUUCGGGGCAUGCUUUAGCUCAAAAAACAUAGGCAUUACUCGGGUUGGUCCGGCUGUUCCGACUAUUGAUCUUGUGAUGAAGAAUGGUGUGGUGUGGAGGGUGUUUGGUGCGAACUCAAUGGUGAAGGUGAACAAGGAUGUUUUGUGUUUAGGGUUUGUGGAUGGAGGUGAACCUACUUUUAUUGCGUCGAUACUGAUCGGAGGACACCAAGUUGAGGAAAAUUUGUUGAGCUUUGAUCUGGAGAAGUUGAGGCUUGGGUUUAGUUCUUCGCUUUUGUCUAAAAGAACGACAUGCUCGAAGUAUAGGCCUAAGCCAUGACCAAGUUUUUUGUAUGCUUAUCUUAUUUGUGUUUAAUAAAGGACUGCUAUUUUCAUCA